CAAACCAAUAAUACAUUCGAUUGUUUUUAUAUAAAUAAAUUCGAUUGACUUCUUUUCAUCGUACAAAAAAUUAUUUGUUUCAAAAAAAUUUUUUUUCUUACAAUCUUAUUUCUUCUUUUUUUUUUCUAAAUAUAUGAAAUCUUUAGUAUCAUUUUAUCGUCAAAAAUGAAUGUAUCUAGUCAACCAUUAUUCGCUUCUGCUUCACAACCUUCAAAGUUACCUAUUCCUAGACUUCCUUCUAUACCAACUUCAUCUUGGUCAUCAUCGUCCACUUCAACGAAUCCUAUCAUUCCAAAUGCACAGCAAAAUGACAACGCAACUCAACAACAAACGACGAAUAAACCACAAAAUAAACGUGGACGCAAGCCUUUAUCUUCGAUGCCCACGACUAAAAAACAUAUUCAGAAUUUAAAUAAUCAACGAGCCUUUCGUCAACGAAGAGAAACUUAUAUUCGUACUUUGGAAAAUAAAGCUUCAAAGUUUGAAGGAUUGUUGAAAGUUGCAAGAAAUGAACUUGAAAGUUUAAAAGAAAGGGUUGCAUUAUUGGAAGAACAAGUUGAUAUUGAAGAAAGAAUAAAUAUUUGUAAUAAUGUCGGUGAUCUUCGAAUGUCCUCCACCGCAGUAAAUGAUGAAAAUAUUAGAACACAUAAUAUUGUUCAUGAUGAUGAUACAAAUUCCUUUAAUGAUAAUAAUAUUAAUAAUGAUAAUUCAAACACUGGUUGUUGUGGAGAUCAGCAAUCACAAAAUAGUAGAUGCUUUACGCCGUUUGCAACAACAAAUACACCACCACCUUUUUCAUUCAAUGAUCAACAUAGAUUAAUCAAUCAACCACCUCAAAUUUCUUGUAGUGUACCAAUGUUACCUCCAUUAGAAAGUAUUGGUUCAAUUAGAGAUCCAAUAUUUUGUGAAACAAAAGAAGGUAAUCUUUGCUUUUGUGAACCAAUAAAUGAUCAAAAUAUAACGACGACGACUACGACUACGACUACGACGGGAACAGAUAAAUGUUCAAAUGAUAAAUCUGUCACAGAUAAACGGAUGUGGAUUUUACCAACUAUACCUUCAUCUUUAUAUUCUAAUUAUUCUCCUAACUUGGAAUUACCCCAUCAACAAAAUUAUUUUUCACCUGUUUCUUCUGUAGUUACUACAACAAAUUCAUUUUAUCCUUUAAAUCUAAAAUGGAUCUUGAGUGACUCAGGAUAAUAUAACAUUUUUUAUUUCUUUUUUUUUGGAUAUAGUAUAUGGGAGAGGAAAUGUGAAUUAUUAUUAGAGGGCUUACUAUAUAUAGUGUUAUUUAGAAGGUUCAAAAGGAUUAUAGAAGG